AUGGCGGACAAGAACGACGUCUCGGACCACUUGGAAGCAAGUGUGUCGCACCACGACGCAAAGGGGACCGCCAUGGCGACGACAAACCAACAGGAACACGACCUCACUGUCCGCGAGAUCUUCAAGAACCACAAGGCCAUCGUCUGGUGGUGCUUCUACUGGGCCAUGGCCGCCAUCGGAUGGGGCUUCGACGCUCAGAUCAACGGUGCCAUGAUUGCCGUGGUGUCUUUCCGACGAGACUUUGGAUACGUCCUCGACGGCGAAGCAAUCCUCCCCGCCGACUGGCAGUCGGCCUUCAACGUCAUCAGCACCAUCGGCCAGUUCUUCGGCGGCUUCGCCUGCAGCUGGCUCGCCGACCGCAUCGGCCGCAAGAAGUCCCUCCUCGUCGGCGUCGCCGUCUGCGCCGGCGGCUGCGUCGGCGAGAUGCUCUCCCACACCCGCGUCGCCUUCCUCCUCUCCAAGCUGGUCCUCGGCCUCGGCCUCGGCUUCUACCUGACCCUCGCGCCCCUUGCCACCAGCGAGCUGGCCCCCGUCGCCCUCCGCGGCUACGCCACCGCCGGCGUCAACCUCGGCAUCGCCGUCGGCCAGCUCCUCUCCAACGCCGUCGUCAAGGCUUUCGGCGAGCGCCCCGACCGCUGGGCCUACCGCGGCCCCUUCGCCACCCAGCUCUUCUUCGUCCUCUUCCUCGCCGUCUUCCUCCCCUUCGCCCCCGAGACCCCAUGGUACCUCGCCCGCAAGGGCAAGAUCGAGGACGCCACCAAGGCCCUCCGCAGGCUGUACGGCGCCGACUACGACGUCACCUUGAGGCUGGCCGGCAUCGUGGCCACCAUCGAGGAGGAGAACACCCAGCAGACGCAUGAGCUGGGCUUCAUCGACUGCUUCCGCGGCACCAACCUGCUCCGCACCGGCAUCUCGACCGGCGUCUUCCUCUGCCAGCACCUCGUCGGCAUCGUCUUCCUCCUCGGCUACUCGACCUACUUCUUCCAGCUCGCCAAGUUCGACGUCGCCAAGUCGUUCGACCUCGGCGUCGGCGUCACCGCCUGCGGCGUGCUCGGCAACAUGGUCAGCUGGUUCGUCGUCGAGUCCUUUGGCCGCCGCAAGAUCUUCCUCUCCGGCAUGGCCUCCCUGACGUGCCUGCUGCUCCUCAUCGGCAUCAUGGACGUCGUCCCGACCAACGCCGCCAAGUGGGUGCAGGCCGCCUCGACCGUCAUCUGCGCCUUUGUCUACUUCCUGACCAUCGGCGCCAUGGCCUUCGUCAUCCUCGGAGAGGCUUCCAGCACGGUGCUUCGUGCAAAGACCAUGGCCCUGGCCACAGCCACCCAGGCCGUGUGCGGUCUGGCCAUGAACUUCGCCAUCCCGUACAUGGUCAACCCCGACGAAGGGGACCUCAGGGGCAAGGUCGGCUUCAUCUUCGGUGGUCUGGCCUUCAUCGGGACGAUCGGGAGCUUCUUCUACGUCCCCGAGCUCAAGGGCAAGACCUUUGACGAGAUCGACCGUCUCUUUGUGGCCAAAGUGCCGCCUAGGAAGAUGGGUGACAUGUAA